GCACCCACGAGUCCGAACGAUGGCCGUCAAUGGGUACAUUUCAGAAAAUAACACAUGUUCAAAAAUCGAAGAAGACAAACACCUAAUUUCGAAAAAAGUAUGUUGGAAACUGUAUGCUGGUUGCCAAGACUGUUCCCUAAAUGGUUCCGUUGAAUUGAUACCGCAGUUCGAAGAUUUCGGGCCAAGGUUGAUACGAAUUCGUAUGAACGAUCAAAUUCGGGAACUUCAGACAAUUUUGCGUGACCCACAAACAGACAGAGGUGAUUUUGUGUUUUAUGCAGAUCGACUGAUUCGAUUAGUAGUAGAGGAAGGUCUAAACCAGCUCCCAUAUGAGGAAGUGGUAGUGACAACACCAACAGGUGGAAAGUAUAAUGGUCUCAAGUUCAAGAAAGGCAACUGUGGUGUUAGCAUCAUGCGAAGUGGGGAAGCAAUGGAGAAAGGUCUAAGAGAUUGCUGUCGUUCCAUUCGUAUUGGGAAGAUUUUAAUUCAAUCUGAGACAACUACAUCAAAACCACAGGUUUACUAUGCAAAAUUCCCAUUUGAUGUUGACAAGAGACAGAUAUUACUGAUGUAUCCGCUUUUAAAUACGGGUGCAACUAUAAUUGAAGCUGUCAAAGUACUUGCUGAACAUGGUGUUAAAGAGGAAAAUAUUAUAUUUCUUAAUCUUUUUGCAACACCUCAUGGUGUGAAGAAUAUCUUGAAUCGAUUCACAAAACUGAGAAUUUUAACCUCUGAAAUCAGUCAGGAUAUAGUCUUGAACUUUGGACGAAAAUAUUUUGGAACAGAGUAAUGAAAAAGGUUGUGUUUAUGUAUAUAAGAGUAUACUGUGUAUAUAUGAGAUAUAUAUGGCCAUAUUUUGAAAGUUCUUGUCAGACCGGUAUUUCAUUCCUGUGAAUUUGGUGCAGUCAUAAUUGGAUUUCGCAUUCUGAAGACCGUGUGUGAAAUAUAUGUCAUACACUUUGUAAAAUAUGUGUUUUUUAUAGUGAUUCUAUAACUUGUCAUGGCUUAAAAAAAGGGUAAAAAUUUUGAAUAUUUAAGUAUAAAUUAGAGUGAAUU